AUGGCACAAGAAGUUGUAAAUUCAGAUGAGGUUGUUCUUGGAGAAGAAAUAGACCAUGUGAGGUUGAUCACCUUGAACAGGCCUCGUCAUUUGAAUGUCAUCUCAUCAAAAGUGGUAUGCUCACAAACAGAAUACUUGGAAAAGUGGGAAAAAGAUGAUAAAGCUGAGCUUGUAAUUAUCAAGGGAUCGGGUCGAGCUUUUUCAGCUGGUGGGGACUUGAAGAUGUUCUAUGAUGGCAGGAACUCAAAGGAUUCCUGCCUUGAAGUGGCUUACCGAAUGUAUUGGCUUGGCUAUCACAUUCAUACUUAUAAGAAAACCCAGGUGGCUCUGGUCCAUGGAAUUUCAAUGGGUGGAGGCGCAUCCUUAAUGGUCCCAAUGAAGUUCUCGGUAGUCACAGAAAAAACUGUAUUUGCAACUCCGGAAGCUAGUAUUGGCUUUCAUACUGAUUGUGGUUUCUCAUAUAUACUAUCCCAUCUUCCUGGGCAUCUCGGGGAGUUCUUUGCCUUAACAGGGGCAAGACUGAAUGGUAAGGAAUUGGUUGCAGCUGGAUUGGCAACCCAUUUUGUCCCUCUUGAGAAAUUAUCUGAUCUAGAGAAGCGUUUGAUAAGCUUAAACUCUGGAGAUGAGAAUGCAGUCAAAGCUGCGAUUGAAGAAUUUGCGGUGGAAGUCCAGCCUGAUGAAGAAAGUGUUUUAAACAAGCAGUCAAUAAUUGAUGAGUGCUUCUCCAAAGAUACAGUGGCUGAGAUUAUAAAAUCAUUUGAAGUAGAGGCAACCAAAGAAGGAAAUGGAUGGAUAAGUCCAGUUCUUAAGGGCUUAAAAAGAUCAUCCCCUACAGGAUUGAGAAUAACACUAAGAUCGAUUCGCGAAGGCAGGAAGCAAACAUUGCCUGAAAGUCUGAAGAAGGAAUUUAGACUCACAAUCAAUAUACUAAGAGCUAUAAUAUCUGAGGAUGUAUAUGAGGGUAUUAGAGCUCUCACUAUUGACAAGGAUAAUGCCCCUAAGUGGAACCCACCAUCUCUUGACAAUGUGGGUGAUGAGAAGAUAGACCAAGUGUUUCAGCCGUUUGAAGAAGAUUUGGAGCUCCAGAUUCCUGAAAAGGAAGAACACAGGUGGGAUGGCAAAUAUGACAAUUCACCUUAUGCAUCUUUCAAGGUGACUGACUAA